GUCAAGGCGCUGAUACCGAGCCCGGUAUAAAAUGAGUACAAGGAAAAUAUCAUAUGUAUCGGAAUAAUCCGGCAGUCUCGAAAUGAUCGCCGCCGCGUUUGUGUGUGUGCUGGUGUUGGGGUUGGGUGCUGCCGGCGCCAGUGUGGACGCUGAGGAAGAAGAUCUCAUCCCGAAAUUUAGAUUUUAUUUCAGAACCAUGGAGGCCUACAUAGAACUGCCGCUGGAGACGGCGGAGCGCAUUCUGUCGACACCUUGGCAUAAUACCUCACGCAUCAAUGUAAUCUUCGUUCAUGGCUUCACGGGGAAGCCAACGGGUCCGGCGGUGACGGCGCUAAUGGAAGCGUUCCUGGAGCGCAACGACAGCAAUGUAGCUCUACUGAACUGGGAGGGGCUGGCAGCCGCCGUGUCGCCGGACCUUGCCAUGUCCUACCUCAAGUGGGCUGCACCUAAUGCUCGGAAGCUGGGCCGACGUCUAGCAGACGCGCUGGCGCGGCUGUCCUCAGCGGGUCUGAAGCUGGAGCGCACGCAGCUGGUGGGGCACUCGCUGGGCGCGCACGUGCUGGGCCUGGCCGGCAACGCGCUACGCCAGGAAGGGAAGCUGUUGCCCUGGAUAACAGCCUUGGACCCUGCAGGCGUGGGGUUCAAGGGCAAACCUGAGGCCGGGCGGCUUCACGCCGGCUCAGCAGCAGUGGUUGUCGCGGUGCACUCCGACCCUCACAAGUAUGGAUACCGGCGUGCCUUGGGCACGGUGGACUUCUGGCCGAAUUACCGGCCCGGGACUGUGCGACAGCCCGGCUGCCCUGAGAAGACGGGACAGAGAUUCUCACCUGAAGACUUAUGCAGCCACAACCGCAGCUGGCAGUUAUUUGCGGAGGCGGUGGCGCGGCCCGGCUCAAUCAUCGGCAGUAGUGCGAAGAACUAUAGAGAGUGGAACUAUUAUUCCGCAUCCCAGAGGAACGCCUCUACGCUAGAUCUGGACGCCUUCGGGAAGACAAUCGUUCCGGGCAACUACUACUUCAUCACGAUGGGCGAGCCGCCGUACGGCAUGGGCGAGGGCGGAUUCUAAUCCAUGCCUCAUUAUGGACGAUUCUUACAGCAGUUAUACCUAUACCAUAUUAAGUGGCAGCCGUGCACUGCACUAUACGCGUGCUGACUUCUAAAUUUGAUAUGGAUUGUACCUACUCACAGACCAAACCCUAGGCGGUUUUCUGUGUAGGUACCUACUUAACUAUUGCCCUACAGAAGGUUCGCUCGAGUUCGGGCUUGUCUCAGUAGUCAGAGAAAUUACACAAAACCUUACCAAUUAUUUACCUAAACUUUCCUCAAGAAUUACUGACUAUUAAUAGGUGAAAAUCGCAUUAAAAUCCGUUCAGUAGUUUUUGAGUUUAUCGCGAACAUAGACAGCCAGACGCGGGCACUUUGUUUUAUAAAAGGUAGUGAUAUUAUCUUUGAACAAAAUUAAAUUGGGU